AGCGCGUUUAAAAGUGUUUUGUGCGCCGUUGUGAGCUACAGUUCGUUUUCGAGUUUCCCCCACAACACAAAGCAAGAGGCAUUAGCUCCACUGAAAAAUCAGAUUAAAGCUGUCAACCAGAAGACUUUCGACGAACAAAAGAUGGUGAAAUUAAUCGCUAGCCUGCUGCUCUUGGCCGUGGUGGCCCAGGCCUAUGGAGACUUCAAGUCCAAGCACAAAAGCAAGAGUUUCGCUAAAGAACUAAGUGAAGAGAGAGAACGACAACAAAAGCAAAACCCCAACUAUGAUGAAGGUCAAGAUCAGGGGUGCAAAGGCUCCUUGGCUGUCCCCGAGAUCACCAAGGACUGGGUGGAUAUGAAGGACGCCUGUUUGAAGGGAAUGCGGCACCAGAUCCAGGAGGAGAUCAACGCCUCCUACCAGUACUUGGCCAUGGGUGCCUACUUCUCCCGCGACACCGUCAACCGCCCCGGAUUCGCCGAGCACUUCUUCAAGGCCGCCAAGGAGGAGCGUGAGCACGGAUCCAAGCUGGUCGAGUACCUGUCCAUGCGCGGUCAGCUGACCGAAGGAGUGAGCGAUCUGAUCAACGUGCCGACCGUGGCCAAGCAGGAGUGGGCCGAUGGUGCCAGCGCUCUGGCCGAUGCCCUCGACCUGGAGAUCAAGGUCACCCGCUCCAUCCGCAAGCUGAUCCAGACCUGCGAGGGCAAGCCCUACAACCAUUACCAUCUGGUGGACUACCUGACCGGUGUCUACCUGGAGGAGCAGCUCCACGGACAGCGCGAACUGGCCGGCAAGCUCACCACCCUCAAGAAGAUGAUGGACACCAACGGCGAACUGGGCGAGUUCCUGUUCGACAAGACCCUGUAAGGAGGUGGAGAUAUCGUGGAGCAGCCCAGUCACGCAUCAAAAUUAUCAGCCAGUCGAGUUCAUAGUGUUCUGUUAUCUGUUAGCCGAGGGAGCCUUCCCCGAGGGUCCGCCAUUAAAUCACCACCAAGUCACCGAAAAGCUUUCGCGUUCCACUCUUUGACUGGCCAAUAAAUUAUCCGUACGACUGCGAUCCUCAAACCAGCACAGCAAAAUUCCACGUCUGUCUUUCUUAUCAACGCACGCGAGGAGUCUAAAGUGAUUAUGUUCUCUGAUUUGUGAUUUUCCGUAUACCUCGGGAGGGGCUCCGCUUAUGCAAUCGCCGAGAUUUCGCCUAGUUUUAAGUGAAAUCACUUAGGAAGACACUCAACACACCCCAUUUAAUACAUCCUAUAUCUUUAUAUUUUUCUGUCAAUUAGACGAGCAAGUUCUUAAAUAAAUAAACAAUAUAUGUAACGAAGGAAA